UUAAAAAACCCUAAUUUCGACACCUCUCUAGUUUCAUAAACCCUGAGCUCGCCCACCAGAACCAGAGCCUCCUCUACAAAAUUGAUUCCAGAAAAAGAUGGGAGGGUCGGUCUGCGACGAGUGCAAGCUAAAUCCUUGGAAGUACAAAUGCCCCGGAUGUUCGAUUCGAUCGUGUGGCCUCUCUUGUGUGAAAGCUCACAAGAAGCGAUCAGGUUGUACCGGAAAAAGGAAGCUCACCGAAUUCGUUCCUCUCACACAGUUCGACGAUAACCUCCUUCUUUCUGACUACAAUAUGCUUGAAGAAACAAAAAGAGUGGCCGAGUCUGCUCGGAGAAGAAGUAGUCAGUUAUGCAAAUACCCUUUUUAUAAUUUACCUUAUUACCUUCGGAGCCUUCGCAAUGCUGCUGCUACCCGCCGAACUAAGCUAUGGUUUGCUCCUAGUGGAAUGUUGAAGAGCGAAAAGAAUCAGAGUCGAUACGAUCAUAGGAGCAAAUGCAUCUCGUGGACAAUCGAGUGGCGGUUUCACUCUACGGAUGUGAUUCUUGUUGACCACGGAGUUGGUGAAGAUACAAAUCUAUGCUCGGUGAUAGAGAAUCAUCUCAAGCCUGGCCCGUGGAUUCACAAGCUCAAGCCUUUUUGUGAUGUGGAUCUUGACUCUCUCAAACUUUUUAUACGACUAUACCCAAAGGGUGCAAAGGCUCCUUUCAAGGCUCUGAACAUCAGAGCUCCUUUGAGGCAACAGCUUGCCAAACUAGUUAUAUUAGAGUACCCGGUGAUCCAUGUAUAUCUACCUUCACAGAGCUAUGACUUUGAAGUUAUCAAAGACUUCUACCAUGGAAACACGACGCCUAAUCCUAAUGAUUCCUUAUACGAUGGUAAUGGAAGCACAGAUGGUAUAACUUCCCGAGUAGAGGAAAUAGAAGAAGACGACAUUGACUCCUUUGAGCCAAAGGUUCUUGAUCUUAUGAAACAAAUGAACUAUAACCCGUGUCAGCGAGCCUCAGAAGAGGGUGGGGCUUCCGACAAUCUGCAUCCUCAGGUUGAUGAUCCCUUAGAAGUAGGGGAUCUUGAGUUUGACCAAGAGUUAAUAGACACAUACUCUGAUCUUUUCGCGGAAAUGAACCCAGGUGAUUAUUUCAACUUUGAAUGUGAGUUUGCAAAGGGACUGGAUUCAGAUGAUAACUGCGACCUUCAAAAUUUAGCUACUGAUUUCAACAUUGAUGGACUAGAAGAAGGGGAAAUCGUAGAAUGAUGGGUCAUUGAUUGUUCUGUCCCUGCAAAAAGAAAUUACUUCUGGUGAACAUUUUUGGUCGCCCAGGGUUUUAUGUUCAUGCCUGAAGCUCCCUUUUUCAAGCACAUUGCAUUGCUAUUCUCGGUGCCAUCCAAAUCUUUUACUGGAAAUGCAAUAGCCAAUCCAUUAAAUUGCAGAAUCGAUGGUCAUAAUUUUUUAGUUUGGGCUUUGAAUAACAAGUAUUUAUGUAGUACACCAGAGUUACUAGGCUGUUCUGUGGUGUGUAGCAAACUUGAUUGUUUGAAAGAUGUCUUCCAAACUUUUGUUCAGUCUUAUCCAUGUAUAUCUUGUAAUGUUUCAGACCGUUUUCAUAGUCACCGUUUACCAAGAGGUAAAAAUAUGAA